AUGCCUUCCACAAGGCGAUGGCCGCGUGCAUAUCGCAAGUUCCUUCCGCCUGCUGCAAACCCACCAUAUCUUCCAAGUUUCAAUCCUUACCCUCAUUUGUUGACAAGCUCUAUCGGUGUGAAUCGCAGUAAUAGUGACAAUUCAGGUGAUCAUCCAGCACGCACGAGCAGCACUCCCACUCCCGUCUUCAUCGACGCCAGGACUGGCACUAUCUUCCACAUGCAGGCCCCCACGCCUCGGUCGCGUCCGCGUUCAUAUUACCACUCCGGCUCGCGCAGGCAGAGUUUGCAUACAGCGGUUCCUGCUACGCGAAUACAACUCCACUGGCUCUUUCGCUCCAACAUCCCUCGCAGGCGCGGAAUGCCCCUUCAAGCGGACGUCAACAAGCGAAACUUUUUUGGCAUCGGAGAGAUCAUCGGAGUGCUCGCUAAUCCCUCGGAGACAUUGCGAUCCCUCACAGAUUCCAAAAGAAUGCUCGAAGAGACGAAAAGGGAGCUCGCCGAGGCGCGCGAGAGAGCACAGCUCACUCCGACACACACGUUUUCUGGCUUACCUGGAUUCUUCGACAGACCUGCUGAGUUGAAGGCCAUAGAGAGGGCACUCGAGGGUGAACCGAGCUUCACCAUCUUGUUUGGUGCGAGUAGCGUCGGGAAGACAGCUUUGCUCCGCCAAGUACUGACCCGGCCGACUUACCAUGUCCUUCACUUUGACCUCCGCAUUGCUGGUUUUGCUGACUUGUCGAGUCUUUACAUGAGCUUCAGUCAGCAGAUGGAGGGAUUUUUUAACAGCAUUGCGCAAGAUCCCGACAUGCCAGGAUAUGAAGAAUUUGAAAAGGAAGCGUGGGGUUUCAAGCAUGAUCGGCUGAACGUGGAACGACGCGUGGCUAAUGCCUCUCCGAACGGGGAGUCUGCUGGACAUAGUGGCCUUGGUGACAUCAAGACAAGCGAUGUCGCCAGGUUGAUGGAACUCUUCCAGAGCUCCCUUCUGCGUUAUUGGAAUUUUCAACCGGACAUGUCGUCCCCCUCGCGGAAGUCGUAUGUCGACUCGGAAGGAGCUGACAAAGCCUCGACGCAAGGCCAGUCUAAGAAGGCACGGUCUUCGUGGAGACGUUUCUUCGGUCGGCGCAAGCGGGAGGAGCAGAAGAAACCAGAAAUCCAGAGCGUUAGGCCAAUGAACGGAGAUGGAAGGGGCGAGGACGCAGCCGAAGAGAAGGGCAAAGGCAAGGAGAGGAUUCCACCUAUGAAGAAGAUUCCGGUGGUAUUCAUCGACGAGGCACACAAACUUCCUGCACUGAUCCGUUCUGUUGACGCCAUGAAGUGCCUCUUGGACGCCAUGCUUGUUCUCACUAAGCAAGAUCGCCUGUGUCACGUCAUACACGCCACAAGUGAUCCAUUCUAUCAGACAUGGCUGCGGCAGCUCAAUGUCAUGCAGCAUUGCAAGAUCAUGACAAUAGGCGAUUAUCCCAAAGCGGAUGUGAGGCGUUUUUUCCGCGAGCGCAUCUUGCCCUCCGUUCCCGAGCAGUUGCGCGGCGGCUUAGACUUCGAGAGAUUGUACGACGCGUUUGGUGGCAAGCUCGCACAUUGGCAGGACUACAUCACUGACUACGUCAACGUGAGUGGAAAACUAGAAGUCAAGCAAAGUUCGCAUUUUCUUCAGGCGCAUGCCUUGCUCAACCUUCACAUCAUCCACUCAUCUCAAGCACCUCAGCCAUCGAAGGCAGAUGGCAGACCCGGUGCCACUCCGAUCCAUAGCAACAGAGGAUCGACUCAAGCAAUCCAUCAACUAUCGCCACCACCGUCGACUCCAGGUUUUCAUAUCUAUUCUCCGCUCACCGCCAAUCCUCACAUUGCGCCGUCAGCAAUUCCCCCUCCCAACAGAAACAGUAUGUCUGCAGACGAAUUCCAGGGGGAUUUCACGUUCCUGCAGCUGUUGAAGGUCAUGAACUUGAUGGCACAGCCUGAGGCGCGGCCAAUUCCAUACUUCCGACUCUGCCGCGAGAUCGGAGUGCGUGCGGUCGACGGGAUGGUUCGCGGGCGGAUCCUGGAUCUGAGGUGGACAGAUCCGAUCACUAAGGAGAGGAUCGAUCCGCGGACCCUCAGCAUGCGAAUUCGGGAGAGCAUGCGCGUGAGGGGGAGCGUGCGCGAGAGGGAGAGCAUGCCGAUGAACUUCGGGGCGGGCAGCAGCGGGACGAUGGUCAAUGACCCGGAGGAGAUGAUGGAGUAUGAGGAUGAGAUGGUGCCCAUGACUGACGAGGAGAUCAUGCGAGUACAGGACAGGAUGGCGGGUGCAAACGGUGCCCAGGAGGACGAGGACGUCGUGGGCCCCAAGUUGGUGCCGAUCACGCCUAUCAUGCGGUUCGCGAUGCGGGAGGUGGUGCAGGAGUACUAUGACAAUGACGACCAAACGGUCUCUGAGUACGCCUCUUUGUCUGAUGUUGUGGAGUACUGA